AUGCGAGUACCCGGGGAGCUGGUUCUCACCAGGCAUCCAGAGCCCAGUCCCUCUCAGGAGUGCCUUUGGCAGGUCCUGCUGCUGGGGCAGUGGCACAGGCUUCACAGCCUGCCAGCUGCCUGGCCCCCUCUUUCCUGCCUUCAGAUCCCUGGGGCUCCUGUCCCCACUUCCCUUAUCAGCACCUCCCCCCCAUCCCCACUCAACCCCUUCUCACCUCCUCAGGCCAUGGUUACCAUUACAUUCCUUCUCUUGCUUGUGCAAGGCCUCAUCCAGUACCCGCGGGAGGCUGGGGAUGGGCUGGAUGAGGCCACCCGGGAGUGCAUGAAGCAGCGUGCUGAGUAUCUGGACCAGGAGAUGACUCGGCUGAUUCAGGAGCUGGAGCAGAAGACCCCAGAGCAGAGUGGUGGGUCCUGGGGAGCCCUGCUUGUGUGGCAGUUCUGGGCUGUUCUUGGAAUCCUCGUCCUUCUCUUAGCGCUGUGGUUUGGACUCAAGAAUAUUAGAUGUGAUCCAGACAACAGUGGCCAGAAGGAGAGGACCAGCAGCAACUUGGAGGAGGAAGAAGAAGGAAACAAUGUUGUUGCAAAGAAAGAAAUAGAAAGCAAUGAUGCAAAUGUGGAAGAAGACAAUAAUGAUGGAAAUGAAGAAGGCAGCAAUGUUGAUGCAAAGAGAGAAAGCAAUGUUGGAAAUGAACAAAAAGAAGGCUAUGAUGAUGCAAAUGAAGAAGUAAACAACGAUGAGAAGGUGGAGGAAGUCAAUGCUGUUGGAAAUGAAGAAGACAGACACAAUGCAAAUGAAGAAGAUGAUGCCCACAAUGUUAAAAGUAACCUUGGAAGCCUUUUAGAGGAUUGCUCACUGGUAACUGACCCAAUGGACAAACUCACACACAUCUUUGGACAAGGCUUGUCAAACAGUUUCUACCCAGUGCCACAGCAAGCCAUUGGAGUGGGCAGCGCCUUUGAAGGCUGGAGUCCCCAAGCAGAAGAUGUUGUGUACCGUGUGCUUGUACCCCUGAGUGCCCCUCCAGGACAUGCCUUCCACCUGGAGCUGGACACUGCAGGGAUGCCGCAGAGGAACUUCUAUGUCCAUGUGGAGCUGCUGUGCACCUGCACGAGGGAGCAUCUGGGGGACAACCUGCUAUGUUUCCUCCACCACCCUGAGGAGGAGCUGAGAAGGAAACAUGACCCCAGCCUCCUGCACACCCUCUGCACUGGCUCCUAUCUAGAUGUGGAGAAAACUGUCCACUGGUUCUAUCGAUUCGUGACAAGACUUAGCUUGCUUUGCUUUUCCGGGUCUAAACCGGAUCAUAACAUUCUGCCUCAGACCUGCCACUGGCGUUUAAUGCUGCAGCCCUCCGGGCGCUCCUGUAAAUUUCAGCUAAGCAAAGACAAGGAAAGCUUCAUGGUUGAGAUGAACUUUGGGGUGAGGCAAGGAGACUCAGAUAUCUUUGUGGGCAGCCAGCCUACAGAAGCAGGCAUCCCAAGCACAACAUGGCUUGAGACUUACACAGUGGCAGAGGCAAAAUUCUUCAGGCACAUUUCCAGGCAGGCCCCCCAUGACAGCUGGCACUGCAAGUGCCUGCCGCUCCUCACCCGCAUCCUGGUGGGUGUAGGUUUUUCCAGCUAUAGCUUGAAGACUGUGGUGAUGCACCUCCUGAGCACCGUACCCCUGACACAGUGGCGCAGGAGGGAUUUCUGGCAGCGCCUGGUGGAUAUCCUGAAGUACCUUCGCUGCUCACUGGAGACAAAACAACUUAACUACUUCGUUGUAGGCAAUGAGAAGUUUCCUAUGGAGAUCAGUUUCCCCUCAGAAUUCUGUGUGGCUGAACCACUCAACCUCUUUCAGCACCUGGCGAGCAAUCCGGAUGCCCACAUGAAGGCAAGGCGUGAGUACAUUCACCUGCUACAUCGGCUCAAGCAACUUCUGAUCUGUGGCCAUUGA